UAGAAUAGAAAGAAUAACAGCCAUGUGCAUGAACCUGCUUUAGCUUUUCUUUUGGUCUGCUCUUUUAUCUGAAUACUUGAUAUAUGAUCCUUAGGAGCCAUGACUUAGCACUGGUUAAUAAUUACACCUGAGAGUAUAUGUUGAGGCGGGACACUGGUGACCUCACACACUCUCUCACGCUAUCGCUGGCAGCCAUGAGACUCGUGGUCUGUUUUCUUUCUCUGCUCGCUGUUUUCGGUUCCGCAGAAUGUGGGAAUGUUUUAGUCUGGUAUACUGAGGGCAGUCACUGGAUCAAUCUGAAGAUCGUGUUGAAAACAUUGACUGACAGAGGACACAGUGUCACAGUGCUGGUUCCGGAUGCCUCUCUCUUCAUGAAGGCUGAAGAAUCGGAUCGCUUCUCCUACCAGCCCUUCAACGCGUCCAUGGAUGAACAAAUGAUGAGAGCCUUCAUUGAGGAAUUUCUGUAUUUCUCAGUGUAUGAGACUGAUCAGCUAAACUUAUUGCAGAUUCAAAUGAAAGUCUUAGAGUUUGCAUCCAAACUUCAGGAUAUGUCUAUAUCGUACUGUGACGGUAUUCUCAAAUCUCCAGAGUUGAUGGAUAAAUUGCGAAACGGAAAGUUUGACGUUCUCCUGUCAGAUCCGAUGUAUCCGUGCAGCGAUAUAGUGGCUCAAGAGCUAAACGUUCCCCUGGUUUACACGUUCAGAUUGUCCAUUGCUAACGUUGCUGAGAGGAUGUGUGCUCAGAUACCAGCUCCACCUUCAUUUGUUCCUGGAGUCAUGAGCAAACUCACGGAUAAGAUGAGCUUCACAGAACGAAUCAUGAAUAUUCUCUUCUACCUUUCUCAAGACGUUUUUGCCACUAUUAUUUGGAAAACAUAUGACAACUACUACACUGAAUAUUUAGGACGGCCCACUUCUUAUUGUGAGAUGAUGGGUAAAGCUGAUAUCUGGUUAAUCAGAACCUACUGGGAUUUUGAGUUUCCUCGGCCAUUCCUGCCCAACUUUAAAUAUGUUGGAGGUCUUCACUGCACCCCUGCCAAACCAUUACCAGAGGAGAUGGAGGAGUUUGUACAGAGCUCAGGAGAUCAUGGGAUUGUGGUCUUCACUCUGGGGUCUAUGAUAGACAAAAUGCCCAAAGAGAUAAGCAAUAAGAUCGCCUCGGCUCUGGCACAGAUUCCACAGAAGGUCUUAUGGAGAUAUAAUGGAGAGAAGCCAGAUACUCUUGGUGAAAACACCAGAAUCUAUAAGUGGAUCCCUCAGAAUGAUUUAUUGGGUCACACCAAAACCAGAGCGUUCAUCACUCAUGGAGGCACUAACGGCGUAUAUGAGGCCAUAUAUCAUGGAGUUCCAAUGGUCGGGAUCCCCUUUUUUGGUGACCAACCUGAUAAUUUAGUUCAUGUGAAGGCCAGAGGGGCUGCUGUUAGCAUAGACAACAUCAAGACCAUGGAGCCACAAGACCUGCUGGAUGGACUCAAUGCCGUCAUUAAUAACUCUUCGUAUAAAGAGAACGCUAUGCGUCUGUCCAGGAUUCAUCAUGACAGACCAGUGAAGCCUUUGGAUGAGGCUGUGUUCUGGAUUGAGUUUGUUAUGCGUCAUAAAGGAGCUAAACACCUGCGUGUCGAGGCCCACAAUCUUACCUGGUACCAGUACCACUGUCUGGAUGUGUUCGCUUUUCUCAUCACUGUCCUGACUGUAGUCCUCUACGUCUUCUUUAAAAUGUGCAAAGUCUUCAUAAUGCGCUGCUGUUUUAGAGGAAAGAGUAAAAAAAGCAAAAAAGAAUGAUUAAGCUUUUUGCUUGCUCUGAACAUGCUGUAUGAUGCUUUUUUAACAUGCACCGAAAAGUAGCUAUGAUGUCUUGUCAGUGCAUUAUUUCUGAGUAUUUAUGUUUAAAGAUGUCACAAUUUGUUUGACGAUUUGACACUACAUUUGUACAUAACAGUUUUGUCUGUUAAAGUGCUGCCCUGGCUGUUUUAAGUCAUACAAAUAGAAAAAUAAUAGGCUUACAACUUUCCUUCAAGACAUUGAAACUAAAUAAAUAAUAAAUAUGCACUUGCUUUGUAAU